AUGGCGAUUUUCUACUCAGGAAUAGGGAACUCUGGUGAAGGCUGCAUCGAGAAAAUGAGCGAUAUUCAAAGGGGCACUUGCAAGUGGUUUGAUUCAAAGAAGGGCUUUGGAUUUAUUACAUCUGAUGAUGGAACGGACCUCUUCGUGCACCAAACGGAGAUAAAGGCUGACGGGUUCAGAAACCUCUGUGAGGGAGAAGAGGUUGAGUUCCAAGUUCAGUCAGGAGAUGACGGUCGGAAAAAGGCCGUACGUGUAACUGGCCCUGGAGGCGCUCCUGUUAAAGGUGAUAAUCGCAGGAUGUCGCCUUCCUACAACGGAAGCAGCCGCGGGGGACGCGGCUACAGUGGGGGUGGAUAUGGAGGUGGCGGCUUUGGAGGCGGCGGGGGUGGUGGCUACGGUGGUGGCUAUGGCACUGGUGGCGGCUAUGGCGGUGGAAACGGCGGCAAUUAUGGAGGUGGCUCGAGUUAUGGAGGGAGCAGCGGCGGUGGGAGGGGAGGUUAUGAUAGUGGGAGCAGGGGAGGUGGGUAUGGAGGCGGCGGGUAUGGCGGCAAUGGCUACAACAACUACGCUUGA